CUCAGCCGGGAACAGAGCCGACAGCACCGGCCGGAGCGGAGUACCGCGCGUCCCCACCCGCGAGGCCAGGAAAGUCCAUCUUCCGGCCCCAGCUGGGGCCCUCAGAUCCUCCUAGAUGCUUCCGGAUGCCCAGAACACAGAAGGACGGGGCCAGGGAGCUAGGGGAUGAGAGAGACAGCUGACCACGUCAGUGUGGGAGCCUGUGUUCCCGGUGGUGGUGGUUCCAGAGCGAUGGAGGCACCUCUGCAGACGGAGAUGGUGGAGCUGGUGCCCAAUGGCAAACACUUGGAGGGGCUGCUCCCAGUCACCACCCCCAUGGCUGGCAACCAGAGGGUCGAGGGCCCCGGACGGAGCUGUGUUGAGGGUGAGGGCUUCCUACAGAAAAGCCCCAGCAAGGAGCCGCACUUCACCGAUUUCGAGGGGAAGACAUCAUUCGGUAUGUCAGUGUUCAACCUUAGCAACGCCAUCAUGGGCAGCGGCAUCCUGGGGCUCGCCUACGCCAUGGCCAAUACAGGCAUCAUCCUUUUCCUCUUCCUGUUGACGGCCGUCGCCCUGCUCUCCAGCUACUCCAUCCACCUGCUACUCAAGUCCUCAGGGAUCGUGGGCAUCCGUGCCUAUGAGCAGCUGGGCUACCGUGCCUUUGGGACCCCAGGAAAGCUGGCAGCAGCCCUGGCCAUCACGCUACAGAACAUCGGAGCCAUGUCCAGCUACCUGUACAUCAUCAAGUCUGAGCUGCCCCUCGUCAUACAGACCUUCCUGAACCUGGAAGAGCAGACCUCGGACUGGUACAUGAAUGGGAACUACCUGGUGAUCCUGGUCUCUGUCAUCGUCAUUCUGCCCCUGGCAUUGAUGCGGCAGCUUGGCUACCUAGGUUACUCCAGUGGCUUCUCUCUCAGCUGUAUGGUGUUCUUCCUAAUCGCAGUCAUCUACAAAAAGUUCCACGUGCCCUGCCCACUGGCUCCCAAUUUAGCCAACAUUACAGGCAACUUCAGCCUCAUGGAUGUUGUCAAGGAACAGGCCCGGCUGCAGGUCGAGACGGAGGUCACAGCCUUCUGCACCCCGAACUACUUCACACUCAACACACAGACGGCAUACACCAUCCCCAUCAUGGCCUUCGCCUUCGUCUGCCACCCCGAGGUGCUGCCCAUCUAUACAGAGCUCAAGGACCCCUCCAAGCGGAAGAUGCAGCACAUCUCCAACCUGUCCAUCGCCGUCAUGUAUGUCAUGUACUUCCUGGCCGCCCUCUUCGGCUACCUCACCUUCUACGAUGGGGUGGAGUCAGAGCUGCUGCACACCUACAGCAAGGUGGACCCAUUUGAUGUGCUGAUCCUGUGUGUGCGUGUGGCUGUGCUGACGGCAGUCACUCUCACGGUGCCCAUCGUUCUGUUUCCGGUGCGCCGUGCCCUCCAGCAGAUGCUGUUUCAGGACCAGGAGUUCAGCUGGCUUCGGCAUGUGCUCAUUGCUAUUAGCCUGCUCACUUGUAUCAACCUGCUGGUCAUCUUUGCCCCCAACAUCCUGGGCAUCUUUGGAGUCAUCGGUGCCACGUCUGCCCCAUGCCUCAUCUUCAUCUUCCCUGCCAUCUUCUAUUUUCGCAUCAUGCCCAUCGAGAAGGAACCUGCAAGGUCUACCCCCAAAAUCCUGGCCCUUUGUUUUGCUGCAGUUGGUCUCUUGCUGAUGACCAUGAGUUUGAGCUUCAUCAUUAUUGACUGGGUCUCGGGGACAAGCCGGCACGGAGGAAGCCACUAGGAUGAACCCCCCCAUCCUGUUCUGUAUCCCUGCCCAGACUCUUCGUCCUGUGGCCAGCUGAGGGAGAAGGAGAAAGAUGUGGUGAAUACUACGGCAUUUGGCCCUGCCCCACGUCCUCUCUGUUGUAGUUUUUGUUAGAGCCAGGACCAAGGCCCUUGGGCCACUACCCUGCUGGGCUCCUGGGCCGCAGGGACUUCCUGAGCCGGGAACAGGGCGGGGUUGUAACUCCUGCUCCCUUCCUGCCGCCGCAGACCCCAUUCAAGCCCCUCACCCUCUUUGCACAGGUGCAUAGACUGAGGCCCAGCAGCUGCCGCAGAGGUCACACAGCCUGUAGGGAGAUGUAGAGCUGAAUCAGGCCCGCAGUCAUCCCCCUACCUUGCUGCUGGGCCACAGUCCACACCCUGAGGCCUCAUCUCCCCCAGCCCACUGGCCUUUCCUCCUUCUGUCCCCUAGAGCCUCUUCAGGCACUUGGGCUCAGGCCCUUAGAUAAUCUAGUCCUGUUCUCCCACCUCCUCCACCAGGAGCAGACCCCCCCCCCCGACCCUCCGGCUGGGGCCAGCAGGAUCUUUUGAGGGUGAGGCUGGUGUGGGCACCCCCAGGGACCCCUGCCCUGGCCCUUCACCAGUCCCAGGGAGGCUGGGACUCCCCCCACCCCCAGCCCCGGCCAGAGCUCACAUUCCACUGCAGGGAGAAGGAAGAGGCUGGAGGGCCCUGGGAACCAGAGACCCCCAGGGCCACACUGGGGCCAGGGUGGAGAGGCUGGCAGCCCCCUUUUAUAAAUAUUAUACAUAAGA